AAAAGAAAGGAACAUGGCGUUGAUCUGCAUCUCCAAUGGGGAGAUUGCAACAUGAAUUGAAACUGCAUUUGAGACUCAAUGCCCCUUCAACCACCUCCAAGAGCCACCCUUACAGUGUCUCUUCAACAAUUAAACUAGUAUUAUCAUUUUGAUUAUAAUAAAGUAUUUAAUCUAUAAACUCAUCCAUGCCUUCUUCUUCUUCUUCUUCUUCUUCUUCUUCUUCAGUUCGCAGAUUCACAAUGGCAGCGAUAUCCAACUCCUUAUCACUCAAGCACACCCUCUCUCUCGGGUUUCCCCAAACAACCUCUCUCAGCCGAGCUCGUCCUUCUUCUUCUUCCACUUCCGUCGCUUUCAGACACUUCCGGCGAUGUUACGCUUCUUUCGCCAACGAGAAUCGCGAGUAUGUGAUUGUCGGUGGUGGAAACUCCGCCGGUUAUGCAGCUCGCACUUUCGUCGAGCACGGCUUGGCUGAUGGCCGCCUCUGUAUCGUCACCAAAGAGGCAUAUGCACCUUACGAGCGUCCCGCUCUCACAAAAGCCUAUUUGUUCCCGCCGGAAAAGAAACCCGCGCGUCUUCCUGGAUUUCACACUUGUGUUGGAUCCGGUGGAGAAAGGCAGACUCCGGAGUGGUAUAAACAGAAUGGGGUAGAGAUGUUGUAUGAAGAUCCAGUAGAAAAUAUUGAUAUUGAAAAGCAAACUUUGGCAACAAAUUCUGGGAAAAUUCUCAAGUAUGGGUCGCUUAUUAUUGCUACAGGAUGUACAGCCUCAAGGUUUCCGGAGAAAAUUGGAGGAAAUCUACAGGGUGUUCACUAUAUCCGGGAUGUUGCAGAUGCUGACGUGUUGGUUUCAUCGUUGAAAAAUGCAAAAAAGGUUGUAGUUGUGGGAGGUGGUUAUAUAGGAAUGGAGAUUGCUGCUGCAGCUGUUGGUUGGAAUCUUGACACAACAAUCAUAUUUCCAGAAGAUCACCUGUUACAAAGAUUGUUCACUCCUUCUCUUGCCCGGAGAUAUGAAGAACUCUACCAAAAGAAUGGAGUCAAAAUCUUGAAGGGUGCCUCCAUAAAAAAUUUGGAAGCUGGUUCUGAUGGACAUGUAGCUUCUGUGAAACUCGGAGAUGGAUCUAUUGUAGAAGCAGAUACGGUAAUUAUAGGCAUUGGAGCAAAGCCUGCUGUUAGUCCCUUUGAGAAGGUGGGCCUGAAUACAGAUGUUGGUGGUAUUCAGGUUGACGGUCAAUUCCGAACGAGCAUCCCAGGAAUUUUUGCUAUUGGUGACGUUGCAGCUUUCCCUUUAAAGAUCUAUAACCGUACUGCUCGAGUGGAACAUGUAGAUCAUGCUCGUCGAUCAGCACAGCACUGUGUGAAAGCAUUACUCAGUGCUCAAACUGACACGUAUGACUAUCUUCCAUACUUCUACUCAAGGGUUUUUGAAUAUGAAGGGAGCCAGAGAAAAGUAUGGUGGCAGUUCUUUGGAGAUAAUGUUGGAGAAACAGUUGAAAUUGGAAACUUUGAUCCCAAAAUAGCUACCUUUUGGAUAGAAUCUGGUAAGCUGAAAGGAGUUCUUCUUGAAAGUGGGAGUCCUGAGGAAUUUCAGCUCCUGCCUAAACUUGCCAGAAGUCAGCCUCCGGUUGACAAAGCCAAACUUCAAAACGCAACCUCAGUGGAGGAGGCCCUAGACAUUGCUCAAUCGGGGAUCCUUGCAAGUUGAAGCCACUGUCUAGUACAGAUUUUGGUGACAUCAUCCUGUAAUGUAUCUUCUUUUAUGCCCAGAUUACCAGUGAGUAGCGACAGACAGCAUCUGAGUAUGAUUGCCCCUUAAAGAGAGAAUAAUAUUAAUGGUAUUCUCGUCUUUGUCACACAGCAUUAGGAACGGUUUUUAAGUGGAAUGUCUAAUUUGGACUUGAGGUACUGCCAUAUGGUGCCUGUGAAAUUUCUUAAUAAUAAUAUACACUUUGUAUUUACAUCUUUA